AUGAAUUAAUAGGCAGAAAAACUACGUCUUUAUGCCCAAGAAAAUGUGGUGUUUCUACUCUAGAAAUUGAUGGAAGACAUUCUAGCCCAACAGCCAAAAAAUGUGGUAUGAUCAGAUCAAAAUAUUAGAUUGAUUGGUCAAUUGCUUGGUUAGAUAAAAAGGGAAGAGAUAUUGUUAAAUCCAGAUAGAAAUAAAAUGCGCAAUCCUCAUCCUCUGAUGACGAAGUUAUAGAAUUGCCUAAAAGACCUGUUGCUGCUAGGAAAUAAAGAGCUUCUAUUUCAGCCGAAGCAUAUGGAUAAUACAAUAGAAAGGAGGUGUAUAUUUAAUAUUAAAAUAACAGUCAUUUUAACCUAGAGUGAUUGUCAAAACUCAAUAAUAGAAGGAAGUAAUAGGGAAAAGAUUAGAGCAAUCAUUCAUGUUUGCAUCACUCGAUUAGAAAGAAAAAGAUAUUGUAAUUGAUGCAAUGGAAGAACGUAGUUAUAAGUAAAAAUUGAUAUGCAAUAGUGUAGUGGAGAGGACUGGGUCAUCAAAUAAGGAGACAAUGGAGAUAAUUUAUAUGUUGUAGAUUAAGGGGAGCUGAAUUGUUAUAAGAGAUUUACAAAAGAUGGGGAAAACAAAUUUUUAAAAGUUUACUAUCCUGGAGAAUCAUUUGGAGAGCUAGCCUUAUUGUACAAUGCACCACGAGCUGCCUCAAUUCAAAGUAAAACUAAUUCUGUCUUGUUUGCAUUAGACAGAUAAACAUUUAAUCACAUUGUUAAGGAUGCAGCAAUGAAGUAUUCUUAACUAAUUACAUUUCUAGAAAGAGGGAAAAAUAUGUAAAUGUCCUUAAAUAAAUUGAAUUGCUUUCAAUGAUGGAUCCAUAUGAAAGAUCUCAUGUUGCAGAUGCAAUUAGAAGUGCCGUUUUCUAAAAAGGAGAUUAUGUUAUUCGAGAAGGAGAAUAAGGAGAUAUUUUCUAUAUGAUAGAGGAAGGUGAAUUAAUAGCAACCAAAACAUUGAUUCAAGGAUAAGAGCCAGUUAAAGUCUUUUAAUAUAAAGCAGGUGACUAUUUUGGAGAAUUAGCUUUACUAAAGGAUAUUCCAAGAUAAGCCAAUGUUGUUGCUGAAGUAAAAUUAAUUAUUAACUGUUUUAUAGACAGAAGUCAAAUUGAUAUAUUUGGAUAGACAUAGUUUCAAAAGAAUGUUAGGGCCUCUAGAAGACAUAUUAAAAAGAAACACUGAGAAAUAUGAAAAAUAUGAGUAAUAUUGGAUCAACUAAGGUAAAUGA